CCUUCAUUGGACUGAUCGAUAGUAACGACUUGCUAUUUAAAAUGAAAUUUUUUAUCCUUUCCUUCGUUUUGGUGGCUGCUGUUGCAGGCGAGGUGUUGCUCCAAGCACCCGCAGCUAUUGUGAGACAGACUCAUGAUUCAUCGACCGAUGGAUCCUAUUCCUUCUCUUACGAAACGGAAAAUGGCAUUUUUCACGCUGAAAACGGAAGUCCGCUAGUCGUAGAUCCAAGCCAUCCACCUGUCGUCACUGCUCAAGGACAAUACCAGUAUACAGCUCCCGAUGGUACUCCGAUUGCCGUAUCCUACGUCGCAGAUCACAAUGGAUAUCAACCGCAGGGUGCACAUAUCCCUCAAAUUUCUCCUCUCAUCCAAAGAGCUCUUGAGUACAUCAGAGCUCACCCGGCACCAGUAGAAACUCACACGUUGUAA